CACAGCUGGACUUGUUUGUGCAAACACGCUUUCAGGAAUUUAAAAAAUUACUUCACCACACAUUUCCUUUCUGCAUCAGCUCUUCCUCUAAAUGUUUAUUCCUCUUUCACUGCCCUGAAAAUCAGUUCCAGUUUUUAUGUCCACAGCUUGGAUUUAAAGUCUUCGUCUCAGAGUUUGACAUGGGUGUUGAUCUGACGUCUGUCGCUUUAGUUGUUGUUCUGAUGCAAGGUGUCUAUUGUCAAACCUGGAAUGUGUUUCUGCCUCAAAGGAUCAUGGGUGUCGCUGGGCCCUGUCUCACUAUCCCAUGUGGUUUCAGCAUCCCUGAAAGCUAUGAACCAGAACUGCAGGUGAACUGCUCAGCUGGAGCUAUUUGGAGGAGAGGAAAACACUAUGGUCCUGAUGUCUUGAGUGAACGCAACCCCAAACUCAACAAGUUACAGGGGAGCAUGGAUGGAGACUUGAGGAAGAAGAACUGCACGACCACACUCCACAGCCUCCCAAAGAACUACAGCCAGGUGCUCUUCUUCAGACUGGAGUGUUUAGGGGAGCUGAAGUACAGUUUUACUAAAGGCGUCACAAUCAUCUCUCAGUCAGAAAUACCUCCCCCUCAGCUCAGCCAGGCUCAGCCUGUCCAAGAGGGAGAUAUAGUGACGCUGCGGUGUUCAGUCCCCGUCCCCUGCCCCGCCAAGCCCCCCUCCCUCACCUGGCUUCCCAGAGACAGCACAUCACAGGAGAAGACGCGGGUAGAGCAGACAGAUGGACAGAUGAUGAUGACGUCCACGCUGACCUUCAUCGCCUCUGCAGACCAACACAGCCGGGGAGUCAGCUGCAGUGUUUCCUACCCGCUGACAGAAGGGGGCAGCACUGAGCCGUCUGCAGCCACUCAGAGAAUCAGCGUCCUCUAUGCUCCUAGAUCAACAGGCGUGACACUCAGCACGUCUGGUCCUGUAGCCGAAGGCACCUCUGUGGCUCUCACAUGUUCCAGUGAGUCAAACCCUCCUGUGAGUCUCUACACCUGGUACAGAGCCGACAGUGGGCAGCCGAUAAAGAGAGCCAAGGGACAGACGCUGAUCCUCCGGGUGCGACAUAACGACAGUGGGCUCUAUCUGUGUGAGGCUCAGAACGUUCGAGGCUCUCACAGGUCCACACCUGUGUCCCUGCAGGUGAUCAGCAGCACAGGUAGCAGAGAGUUUUCUGCUUUGGUUAUUCCCUACAUUGUUUGUGGAAUUAUGUUUGCCCUCUUCAUUCUUAUUGUUGCUGUUGGCGUGUGCAAGUAUCAAAGUCUUUCCAGGAGGCUGAAGCAGGUGGAGCUGAAGGAGGAAACUGCAUACACGACUCUGCAGAUCAGCAGUAUCACCUCUGACUACGAUCAGAUACAGCCUCAGAAACCCAAAUCAAAGAUUUCACCAGAUCUCACCAACUAUGAGAACAUAGAAGAAAUGAAGAUCUCGAAAGCCAGCACCAGCCAGAGUAGAAGUAAAGCUCUAGUCUUUGAUUUUAUCUUGUCAUCUGCACCAUCAGCUCUGAUCUAAGACGCCUCCAGGCUAAUAAAACUCAAAUGUGCUUGAAAAGUUGGAAGGUGGUAGCAGGGGUGUAGCUAGGGACCACCCCCCCCCGCUCAAAAAAUGUGCAGGGCCCCCUUCUUGCAGCCACAAGGCAAAAGAAAAGUUGCAUCAUUUUUUACAAAUGUCUAGCCCAGUGAUUCCCAACCUGUGGGCCGCGGCCCCCUGGUGGGCCACGUAGGUAUUGCAAGUGGGCCACCGAAUCAUUUCCAAAAUAGAAUGAUUUUUGUGGGGGAAGGGGAAAUGUAAUUAUAAAAAAAUGAAAAUAUACAGAAUAGUGAUAAUAAGUGUUUUAAAUGUUAAAACUUAGUUACAUUUUAAAGGAUAUUAAAAAUGUUCAAAUAUUCUUUUCAUUAUUUUGUUUUUUUUUUCCUUCAAGAUGUGACAAGCAAAUGGGAGAUAGGAACUUUUGUUGUUAUCUAGAGGUUAUUGUGUGGACAGCUCCUUUAAAACUGUAAUACUGAAGGUGAUGCAACAUGUUAUAGAUGCUGUUUUAGUGACUGUGGAGCUUCCAACAUGUUUC